UUAUCCAUAUCAUCGUAUCACCAGAAGGAGAAAGCAGCUUCCCGAAGCGUACAAAAGCUCAAAACUUUGCAGGAAGCGGGAAGAGUUCAGGCGGAAAUGGCGGCAGUGGCUGCUCUUCAGAGCUCGCUGACUUCUCUCUCCCUCUCCUCCAACUCAUUCUUGGGCCAGCGCCUCUCCCCUCACUUCGUCUCCCCUGUUCCCGUAAAUUCGACUGUGAAGCCAUGCCUAAUUGUAGCAAGGCUCAAAGGAUGGGAGCGAAAGGAAUGCAAACCCAACAGCCUUCCAGUAAUACACAAGAUGCAUGUUAAGAUCGGGGACACAGUGAAGGUGAUAGCUGGCCGUGAUAAGGGUAAGAUUGGAGAGAUCACAAAGAUCUUCAAACACAACAGCACCGUGGUCGUCCAAGAAGUGAAUUUGAAGACCAAACAUGUUAAAAGCCGGGAAGAGGGUGAACCAGGACAAAUUAUUAAGAUCGAAGCACCCAUCCACAGCUCGAACGUGAUGCUGUACUCGAAGGAACAGAAUGUCGCUAGCCGCUUGGGCCACAAGGUGCUUGAUAAUGGGACACGGGUGCGGUAUCUAAUAAAAACCGGGGAGAUCGUUGACAGUACAGAGAAUUGGAGGAAAUUGAAAGAAAGCAAAGACAAAACAGAAGUUCCAGCAGCAGCAGCAGCUGCCUCAUAGAUUGAACCAUAGUUCCUUCAUCUCUUUAUGUAUAUCAAUCAAUCUUACUUGCUAAUUUGCCUCGAUCCUUUUUCCCUUCCUCACGUUUGUUCAUCUUUGUAGAUUUAGCUUCGGUUCUUGUCAGUGAACUGGAUGAUCAGAUCUUAAGCAGAGUUGAACUAAAAAUGGCUUCACUUCAUCAUAUAUAUCUUGAAAUUUUCACCAA